AUGUCAAACGAGGCCACACAUGGUGGUGAUGACAACAACGACGAUGAUCAAACUCUGGAAUUAUUGGUUCUAACACAGCUACCUAAAGCCAAUAGUUGGUUGAAACAUGGUGUAACCUUAUACCAAAAUUGUUGGUUCCCAUCCCAUAUCAUCCCCAACAUCAUCACCUUCCAAAAACAGUUCAAACCCAAAGACGAAGACAUAAUCUUGGCUUCGAUUCCCAAAUCAGGCACCACUUGGCUCAAGUCCCUUUUGUUUUCCAUUCUCAACCGAAACCAACACUACUAUAAUAAUGAUCAACACCCCUUGCUCACCACAAACCCUCACCAUCUCGUGUCUUCUUUCGAGUUUACGAUCUAUUCCAAUCCCAAAUUCCAUGACUUGAGUACCAUGUCAAGCCCUCGCCUGAUCUCGACUCACAUUCCCUACGCAUCUCUUCCUGAUUCUAUUAAGCUCUACUCCAAAUCUCGAAUUGUUUACGUUAGUCGAAACCCUCUCGACCUGAUCGUCUCCCUUUGGCAUUUUGGAACUGCUCACCCGGAUCGUCGCUCGCACGAGUGGACUAUGGAAGAGUGCGUGGACGAGUUUUGUAGAGGAGAGACUAUGUUUGGACCAUAUUGGGACCAUGUUUUAGGGUUCUGGAAAGCAAGCUUGGAGAGGCCUGAGAAAGUGUUGUUUUUGAAGUAUGAGGAGAUGAAAGAGGACACGUUUGGUCAAGCCAAAAGGGUUGCAGAGUUUGUAGGGCUUCGUUUCUCCCAAGAAGAAGAGAGUGAUGGAGUUGUUGAGCAAAUAUUGGAGAUGUGUAGCUUGAGUAAAUUGAAGGAUUUGGAUGUGAACAAACAUGGCCAAGUUAGGCCUAACUUUGAUAAUAAACUUUUCUUUAGAAAAGGUCAAGUGGGUGAUUGGAUUAAUCAUCUUAGUCCCUCUAUGGUGGAGCGUGUGAACAAUGUAACGAACGAAAAGUUGAGUGGCUCUGGUCUAUCAUUUAAAAUGGCUUAG